UUAGCUGAAAAGGAUCCUUAUCAAUUAUACAAGAGAUUGAAAUGUAUUGGGCUUCAUUACGUAAUGACCUACAAAGUGGAUAAUCUAUGGCAGAAAUUGGUCCCUCCUCAAGUUGUACCUGAUCUAAUCCAGCUUCUUGAAACCGGUGCCAGCAUGAAGCAAAUGGAACUUGAGCCAGUCAAACUUUUCAUCAAGACAUCACUUGAUCGCUUUAAUUGUCAACAAGAGACUGCGAAGAACAUGUCUUCACUUUUAGCUGUCGUUGACAGGGAAUAUUUUUCACAAUUCGGCAUUAAUUGGAAAGUUGUAAACAAUCAUAUUUUCGAUCGAGUCAUCUAUCAGGAUGACAUGUUGUUGAAUUAUCCACCCAGCAUGGAGAGUACUUUCAAAUUUCAUUGUCCUUCUGCUCAAGAUCAAUUGAAAGUUUUUGACAGAUGUGAGCUGAUAGUUGAUGCAAAUGAAGACAAAGAAAAGCUUAAACGAAGAAUUUGUGCUGAAGAUUCUCUUAUGGACAUUCCUCAGGAUGUGCUUGAACUUGCGCAAAGUUUUCGUGUUUUUCAUAAACUAAUGGUCACAAGCAGAGAAAUACUCAGGAAGGCCAGUUCGAAUACAGCACUAUAUAUGGAGCAACAAAAAGUCAGUAGUCUUAACCGAGGAAAAAUGUUCCAUAAUUGCUAUUUCCGAAGUGGACAGUAUUAUCGAUGGUGUUCAGAUUUAACUGAUUUAUUGAAUAAAGAGCGUGGUAGCAUAGAUUCUGGAAUUGAUAAACUCAGCACACCAAGGCGUUUUCACGAACUCAUUGAUGAAAUAUCUGCAAAUUCUAAUUCUGUAGAUGAGAAUGCCGAUUUAUUAUCUUGCAUGCUGUGCAGCGAUUGCUUCUUACGACAUUGUUCUUGCGAUGAGUGCCAAACUGCACAUGUUAUUUCUUCCGAUUCCCUUAUUGGUAGAGUAAAUAUGGAUGACUUGAUGAGGCCAUUCACCAGUCAUUCUGAUAGAAGUGAUGAUAGAAAUUUGGUUUGGGAAAAAUUGGGAUGGAAGCUUCUUCUGUCAAGUACUGAGCAAUAUUCUAGACGUAGCUUACGGUUUCAAACUGCUAGAAAACUAUUCACUAUGCCUGAUCGUCUCAAAAAAAAGAAAACAGUGUGUGAUGAAUGGCAGACUCCGUAUGCUGGGUCGCAUGACAACGAUUCUUCCAGCUACUGCUUUCGUGAAAAAGAAGGCUGUAAUUUAUUUAGUAACGUGAAAGAUGUGAAUUUGAAGAUAACAGUAAAGCAAGGACUUCUUCAAAAGCUCAAAAUGAAGAAAGUUUCGAGAGGUGAUCAAAUCAAAGCUGUUUACAAAGCAUUCUCGACAUCAUUUACUAAAAAAAUUGAAUGUGCGCACAGUUGCAAUGUUCUGCAGUCACAAAAACCGCUGUUCAAGCAGUUAAGCAACAGUUAUUCAACUGAUCUGGCAAAGGAAUAUAACUUAAAAAGGUCAGUGUUUGAACCUUUUGGAUACACAACAAUGAAAGAACUUCUAAAGACGCGUAAAGUUGGUUGUACACUCCUAAUGUCACAACUAAGCCAAAAGAGUAAAUCUCUGUCUGAUGGAAUUGAUUCAGUCAGUCAAGAAUUGAAUCAAGAGAGGGCACUCGACAUGAACACAAGCGCUCAAGAACAAGCUUCAUCAAAUUUAAAUACAGAUAAAAAUAAGAAUCGAGUUCGUGAUGGCAUAGGAAGAUGUUUGUCUAAAGAAGAUAAAGCAGAUGGUCUUAAGGAAAUGACGAGUGUUACAGUUAUUGCUGCAUUUGAAAGUGACAUUUCGAUGGAGGGAUCAUCUAAUCUUGAUUCAACUUUGCAAACUUCCGAGCUCGAAGUAGAACUUGAUCGUGAAAUUGCAAGCUUAUUAGAAAAUAGUGAUGAGUGCAAGGAAACAAUUUUAGAAAAUGCCAAAGAUUGUUUAGCAAAAACCCUGUAUCAGCAUCAUCUAGCUGCUGAAUUGGCGAAACUGUUGUCUAAUGAAACAUUACUUCCAAAAUGUAGUAAAAUGUUCAGCAAUGAAAAGAAACUAUUCACACCAGAAAUGCUUUCUAAAUUGACCAAUGACCUCACUGAACCGUCUGGUCCGGCGUCUUCCCAUAACGCAGACCCUCAGGAGUCUGAUCUUAGUGGUAUUUCUGAUCAAAUACAGGAAUUGCACAAAGAGGGGGAACUCAAGAAGCUCCUUCAACAAGCUCUGGAAUUGAAACGUAAACAAAAUGCAGCUGCCUCGUUGAAUAAGGUGGAUGAUGUUGAUGAUGUGAACUUAAGUGAACAAGAAAUAAGAAUUUUGGAGGAAGAAUUGUUUGCGCCUCACUCAGAUGAUGAUUUUGUUGAUAGUGGAGAGGAAUCUCAAGAAGAAUAUAUCGAACUUGAUGCUUCUGAAGAACUUCACUAUUAUCAUCAUCAUCAUCAUCAUCAUCAUCAUCACCACUUUUGUGAACAUAGGUCGGUAAAGAAAAGAGGUCGAGUUCGGCGGCAUGGCCCCCGUAUUUGUUGUUAUUGUAAAGCAUUGGGACGUCUUACAGAUGCUAACAUAGCAAGUCGUGCACAAAUGAGGGAAAGAUUGCUUGUAAAAUUAAGAGAUCGAAAUACACAAAAGAACUGUGACAAGGAUCUGAAAAAACAGUCAGAAAAAGUAAUCGACGAGCAAGAAAAAUCGCAUUAUACUCUUUCCGAUGCAGAAAUAGAAGAAAUUUUGAAGUACAUAAACGCAGCAAAACCUGCAAGGGAUCGAAGCACGUCAAAUGGAGCUGCUAAACGUGCUCGAAAUAAACAACGAAAGCGAAAAGAAAAAAAGAAGCAGAGGAAAGAGGUAAGAGAAGAGGAAAAAAAAAUUGCAGAGGUUGAAGAUUUACAGAAACAGAAAAACCAGCAGGCAAAGCAAAAAGAAAUAAAGGAGCAAAAGCAGAUAAAAGCUAAAGAAGGAAAAAGUAAACAGAGCCGAAAGAAAGGAAAAAAACACAAAGAUGUUUGUGACUGGGAAAAAAAGGACGGAUCAAAAAUGCUUAGAAAUCAAGAAAUUGGGGAGUCGAAAAAAAUAGUCUUGAGUUCUUCUGAAUAUCUGAAAAAUACAAAAUGUAACACAAAUUGUGAAGGAUCAAAAUCAGAGGAAGGGGAUAGUAUGUCUGGGAUUAAGAAGGCAGCAUCAGAAAAUAGUGAAGUAACGAAAGAGGAAAAGGAUUUUGCAGUGUCACCAAAUAACGUAAAAAAGCCAGUUGUUCUUUUCGCAGACAGCGAACGAUCAAACGCAGCAGUUGCGGAACAAAAAUUUGGGAAUGCAAGUACUGUUACUACGGUAAAACCAAAGAAGUCGAGUUCUGUUUUUGUCCCUGGAAAUGAGCAAGUGCCUGACUUAAUGAAUCAAGAAGGAAAUUUUCGAAUGGAAAAAAUGGAACGUCCAGGUGCUCGUGUUGAAUGGGAUGUUCGAAAUUCUAGUCCGUAUGUUUUGGAAAAAGUUAAGCAUCUAGAUAUUGCUAAGCAGAAAAAGGAAUCAAAUGCGCGCAUCAUUCGAAAUACAGGAAGAUCAAGCACCAUCUAUGUGCGAAAUGCUAAACGCAAAAAUCAGCCUAACAGUUCAGUUGAGCAAAGUGUUGAACAUAUAGAUGAUGUCAGUACGAAGGAAGUACGUAUGAAUGAACUUGUCGCACAAGAUGAAAAGCAAGUUAAAGGUUCUUUCGUGCAGGAAACUGAUGAAACGAAUAUGAAGACGGAGGAACGGAUUAAUCCUGGUGUGAAAAAGGUUGAAUUAGAUUUGUCUGCCACGAAGCCGACCUCAUCACUUGCAACAAGUGUAAAGGAAUUGUCUUUUAUUCCAGCAAAUGAAAUCGAAGAAACGCCAAAAUCGGUUAUUACCACAAUGAGUACUGUAGCACCUGUGUUAAAUACAGAUAUUGAUGUAAAUCUGAAAUCUGAGUUGGAAGCAGUCAAGCAAGAAAGGAAAAAUACAUUGACAGUCUGUGAGUCUUCUGUUACGCAGGCUGGGAUUCACGGAAAUCAGGGGUCAAUAGUUGAUAGUCAUGUGCGGUCCUCAAAUCAGGAUUCUAGUGUCCAUGCCAAAGAUAUGACAACACAAAACUUCAAAGCUCUGCCAAAGUCAAAUUCCACACCUCGAUUUCCACGCCUCAUCUCAAGGCCAGAAUUAACCCCUAGAAUGGCACAAUUUGAACCUGUGAGUUUUGUAGAUAUACCGCAAGUAUGGCCUGAUGGAGUUAUUGCUCCGAAUUUGCCACCACGUCUUCCUGCUAUUUUUGCAGUACAUCCAUAUUCAAAACGGAAAUCUACACAGUUUUCACUCUCGAGUCCUGCAGGCUCUAGAAUACACCAUGAUGGAUUUGAUCAGUGCGCUCCAUCUAGAAGACAGCCUCGGAUUUUUUUCACUGGUCCAUUUAAGCAGCGCCAGGAGCUGUCCUCAAACCCAAAAUUUUGUAGACCACGAGUGGGUACCAGUUUAUUACAAGACCCAGUCUUACGACCUAUGCGAUCUCCUGCUGUAGUAGAUCCAGGAGUACGUCAAAUAGGAGUGAAUGAACCGAUUCUCGCACCUAGUCUAUAUGCAGUCCCUCCAGCUGUUAGUGUGCCAUGCUCUGAUAUGUUUCAGAAGUGUAGACCGAUUGCUCCUCAUCCUGUCCUUGAUAGUACAGCUACUGAUCCUCCUGUUCGAGUUUUAAAUAAAUUACGGUCACAUGUGCCAGAUUUGUCAGCUCUUUCAUCACGCUCACCCACAUCAUCUUUUCGCGUACCACCUAACAACCGUUCUAUCCGUUACCCACGCAAUCGUGGUUCGUUAUCGAGCGGCGUUGGAACUACGGGAGCUCGGCCCAUUUUGGGUUCACCGUUACCAAAAAAAAUUGCGGCACAGUUUCCAACGGAAUUUUCCAAUACACCUAUGUCAAGCGAGAUUACCACUAAACCAAUUCAAAAGGAUUUUUGUCGUGCACCGUUAUUAAGCGAAUCGUUCAGUACAUCAAAUCAGAAUGAUUCUUCCUGGUUAUCUCGUCCGCGCAAUUUAUUUGGUGGUGAUAUAAAUAAGGACUCGUUUGAUACCCCAUUAUCCGAAGGAACUUUCAGUACUACUCAAAUUCAGCAGCAUUCGAUAAAUUCUCCAUUACCGAAAAAGAUUCAAAGUAAUCAUGCUAAAAGAGAUUUCUCAAACGUACCAAUACCUAAUGGGCCGUUUAAUACGAACAUUCAGCGAGAUAUAUCAAAUUCACCAGUGUUGAAAAAAGUCUUUGAUGGACCAGUAGUUCAAAAUAAUUUCUUUUGCUCGCCAUUAUCGCAAGAUUCACUUAAAACGCAGAUCUCAGGGGUUUCCUACAACAACUCAGGACAGUAUGACUUAUUUAAUAUGCCUGUGAAAGAUGUAAUUAAUGCAAUGGUACCAAAUGGAUCAUUCAGCUCUCAGACUCACCGAGAGUUGUUGAAUGCACCAGUACAACAAGAACUGGUUGAUACACUUAACCAAAAGAAUUCUACUACCAUGUCAGUACCGAAAGUGGCUUUCAGUACUCAACUCCAGAAACCUGUCGCACAUGGAAAAGAACUGAAAAAACUGCAUCCUUCAGAGCAACAGAGAUUACCGGAAGGGGCUUCCAGUACCCAACUCCAGAAACCUGUCGCACAUGGAAAAGAACUGAAGAAACUGCAUCCAUCAGAGCAGCAGAGAUCACUGCCGAAAGAGUCAUUCGAUACAAAGGAAAUAAAAAUUCAUGAAAAUUGUUUCGAUGUUCCGAUGCAUUCCUUUUAUACAUCAUUACCAAAGGAUCAGUUUACUUCUAUAUCGAAAGAUUUGUCCAAAACAUCGAAUCAAACACAUUUCGCAAACACUGCCGAUAAUGAUCAUCUUCAUAGAAAUCUCAAUUCCAACAGUAAUAUAGCAAUUUACCCUGCUCCUAGCAUCGCGGUGCAUAGUAAUUUCACGCAUCAGAAUCUUUCUUAUCCCCAGUAUCAGUUUUCUUAUUAUCCGCAGUAUCAGUUUUCUGAUUCAGCCAUUCAUACAACUAAAGCUACUGCUGAUGAUUUAUCUUGGAAUGCUGGAAAUGCAUUAAGUACUCCUAUUUCUGAACACAGUCUAGGUAAUGUCAAGUCAGAGUUCCAGGAUUCGUCGCAAUACAAUAAUAAUAAUUUUGCGCUGAAUUCUAAAAGCAAUGUUUGCAAUGAAUACUCGGGAAACAUUCUGCCAUGCGAAAUCAAGACUAAUGAUGCAUUUCCUGGGUCGAGUGAUUUCUUAACUGGUGUUUGUGAAGAACGGAACAACGUAGGCGUGCAAAGCCGUCCGUCUUUAAGUUUUUUGGCUGAUUACGAUUCGGAAACUCAAAAACUUGCUGCUUUAGCGAGGGAUGAUUCUUUCUACUGCCAGCAGCCAGUAAUUAUCAAACCAGGUGAUCCACGCAUUGCAAAAAUAAAUCUGGAUCCCCAAGAAACAUUUAAACCACGUCCUGAGGAUGAUUUGAAUUUUCUUAGUCCAGUUGAGUUAGAGAUGGAGCAGUUGAAACGUAUUUUAUGGGACGAUCAAAUAGCGAAACCACGUACAGUUUUACAAGAACUGUCGGCAAUACAACCGGAAAAUGAGCCGAACGCCAUAUUUCAUUUUGCUCCUUUGGUCUAA